AUGGAAUCAACAGAUGAUGAUAAGAAACUAGUCUCACAUUAUACUUAUCCAGAUGAAACCUCGUUGUUUGACCUUGUCUAUUCAUUCGACUGGUCGUUAACUCCUCUGGGGUCCAUGGAUUCUUGGAGCCCUUCUUUGAAGAUUACAGUGGAUUUAUGCCUACAUACUGCAUUUCCUACUGUGAUAUAUUAUGGCCUAGAACAUGUUAUGAUAUAUAAUCAAAUGUAUAGGCCUAUAUUGCAAAUGAAACAUCCAACUGCUCUAGGGUCUCCUGCGAGAGAAGUUUGGACCGAAAUUUAUGAUUCUCUGAAACUUUGGAUCGACGAGAUUUUCUCUAACGGCAAGGGUCAAUUCCGAGAUGACAUUUUACUUUUAAUGCACCGGGAGGGUUAUAUCGAAGAAAGCUAUUUUUCAUUCACUCUAAGUCCCAUAUUUGGAGUCGAUGAAACUGUGGAGGGGGUGUUCAAUGUUGUUCAAGAAACAACUCAACGUGUUUUGUCUGCUAGAAGAUUGAAAACAUUGAGUGGAUUAGGAAAUCGGGCGCUCGGUGCAAAAACCAUGGAAAGCGCUUGUCACCUCGUGACUUCUACCUUACGCGAUCACAACGAAGAUAUUCAUUUUUCACUCAUCUACAUUAUUGAUACCCAUGACAACGUAAGUUAUAAAAGAGCAAACCUAGUAGCCACGACUUUUGACGAGAAUCUCAAGAUGGUGAAGGAUGAUGAUGGAAUUGAAGAAUGGAAUUUUGUAAAAGGAAAUUCAACGAGAGAAUUGCCAGAUUUCCUAUUGGACACAUUUGACACUGUGUGCCUUCAAGAUAAAGAUUCAGAACACAGGAUUUCUAGCUACCAAGGAACCGCGUCAGAUGCGAAUAUUUCUUCCAAACUAUCUACUUGGCCAAUAAAACAAGUGGUGGCACUAAAUUCGCAUCUGGUUGUUACUUUAAAAGAUGAUAAAUCCAAGGCAAUUCUUUUGCCUGUGCACGUGUCUUUUGCGGGAAGAAUAACAUUGUCUGCCGUAAUCAUUUGCGGAUUAAAUCCACGCCGAGCUUUGGAUAGAGAAUAUCUAGAAUUCUUGCAGCUCGUUGUUAGUCAUGUGAGUUCAAGCCUAGCAGACAGUCGAUCACGCGAAGAGAAAAAGCAAGCCAAAAUUCUAGCUGACUUGAAUCGCCAAAAAAUAAUGUUUUCCCAAAACAUUGACCACGGACUGAUGACGCCGCUAACUUUAAUGCUUUCACCACUCGAGGAAUCAGUCAAGGCUUGUUUCCCGGACUCACCUAUGCUCCCUGAUCUACAGUUAAUUAAUCGAAGCACCCGUCGACUGCUUAAGCACACUAGCACCUUGUUGCAGUUUUCACGAAUCGAAGCAGGUAAUCUGGAUGCACAAUUUCGAGAGACCAAUAUUGUGAAAUACACCCUCGAGUUAGCUUCAAGUUUUGAAAACUUGGCAAAAUCCUUAAAAUUAAGCUAUCUUAUUCAAAUUCCAAGUUAUGAAGAGUUUUAUAGUGAGUUAAAAAAUAAAGUAUUUGUCGACAGAGAUAUGUAUGAAAAAAUUGUAUUUAAUUUGUGUUCAAACGCGUUCAAGCACACUUGGACUGGAAAUGUUACAGUUCGUUUGUACCCAGAUCGCAUAAAUGACAAAGAGUCUGUUACAUUGGAGGUCUCGGACACUGGUGUUGGAAUUCCGAAAGACGAUGUUUCAAACUUAUUUCAGCGCUUCUAUCGCAUAGAUUCAAGUCAACCUCGUAGCCGAGAAGGUACCGGAAUAGGCCUCGCAUUGGUUAAAGAGUUGGUGACUAGGCACAAAGGUGAAAUUUCCGUAUAUUCGGAAUUGAAAAAAGGCACCACCUUUUUCAUUUCACUGCCAACGGGUUGGGAACAUUUGCCAGAAAAACAAGUUUACUUUGUAGAUGAGGAACAUAAAUUAGGACUGGGUUCAAUGGACGAGUAUUCAUUUAAUGAACGGAACCUCUAUCUCGAGGAAUCCAACCAAUGGACACAGGAUGUUCCCAAUGAUAUGGAUGAUAGCAUAGAUGACACCAUGGAUUUUGAUGGCUUGAGUGUUUUGGAUGAGAAAGUUGAACAACACGUCUUUCCGUCCCUAUCAUGCGACAAUACAUCCAAAAUUCAUGAAGUUUAUUAUCACAUCCUUGUCGUCGAUGAAAAUGCAGACAUGAGAAACUAUCUCCAUAGAUUAUUGCGCAAAGAAUUCAGAGUGCACUGCGCUUAUGACGGUCGUGAUGCUUUGAGGUUAUUGAGGAAACUUCCUCAGCUACCCGACUUGAUCCUGAGUGACGUUAUUAUGCCAAACAUGGAUGGUUUCGAAUUGUUAAAGUUGCUGAGAUCGAAUCCGGUGACUCGGUUGAUCCCCGUGAUCUUGUUGUCCGCAAAAGGUGAAGAAGACACUGGCGUGGAAGGAUUGGAGCACGGAGCAGAUGAUUAUUUGGUUAAACCAUUCAGUGCCGAGGAGUUAAUUGCUCGAGUCAAGGUUAACAUCAAACUCUCGUGUUUUUGGAAACAACUUUUGUUGCAACAGAAACGACAAUCAGAGACCAGGGAGUUGUUGUUUUCUAUAAGCGAUAAGAUUCGCUCUGGCGUUAACAUAGAAAAAGUGUUAAACAUAGCUGUUGAGGAAUUUCACAGAAUAUUACCCUGCGAUCGAAUAUUUCUUAUCAGGAGCGAUCCUUUAGCUUUUGAUUUCUCUCAUAUAAUGGCAUUCUCGGCCUCUGACCCAAACGAAGAAAAUUUAUCGGGAAAAUCUGCUGCUUAUGUAAUUGAAACAAAGGACGCAUGCAUUCGUGAAUUCCUUUCAAAACACAACAUCUCCGACUUUCCCCAGAUGAGUGAGGAGUCGCUUAAAAAAAUUCACGAUACGUUAGCGGAGACAAAUGAUUUGAUUGUUCUAGAAAAUUAUUACACCCAUAUACUUGAUCGUUACGUCUCCGUCAUCGGCUUUCCAAUUAAAACGAAUUCCUCAGCAUGGGGAUGGGUCCUUGCUCAUAGGUCGCCGAAUAAGACCUGGUCCGACUCCGAGAAGGUGUUUGUCCAACAAAUCUCAAAUCAAAUCGGCCUGGCAAUUUCGCAUGCAACACUCACGGAAGAGAAAUUAAAAAAAGAAGCUCAAAUAGAAGCCGCAAAAGCGGCUAAUGAAGCUAAAGGACAAAUUUUGGCCAAUACUUCCCACGGUGAUUACAGAACCGCGUUUCCUAAA